GAAGAUGCCCGUAGCACAAAUACUUAUGAGCGAAAAUAGAUCAGCUAAACGAAAAUGGAAUUGGUUAAUGUGUGCUGUUUAAACCCAGCCACUCAUUCUUCCUUUUCACAUGGAUGAUUUUUAAUACACAGCAAGCCAUCUGUAUGAAUGAACCUCUUGAUGUCGGUAAAAGUAUAGCUUGUGGCUCUAGAUGUGCUUACAAUUUACAAUUCCAAUAUCUUUCAUUGUUGCCUUCCUCUGCAUCCUAUGAUGGACAAGCCGCAUGUCGCCAUUUUCCCCCUCAGCGGGGGGAUGGGGCAUUUCAUUCCAUUGGCUGAGUUUGCAAAGAGGCUUUGUCAGUUUCAUGGCUUCUCCAUCACCCUCAUCAUCAGCAAGUGGUUUUGGACUUCUCAGCAACCUGCACUGCUUGAACGAUUGGCCUCUUCUGCUCUUGACAUACGCAUUACAGAGAUUCCUCACAUCACUGAGAAUGAAGAUGAGCAAAAGAUGAAAUUGGAAACACGCCUUUCGAAGUUCAUGCUGAAUGCAAAGCCACACGUUGAAGACGUUCUGCAAUCGUUGCGUUCAUCUUCACCCAUCUCUGCCUUUAUUACAGAUUUCUUCUGUACGGAACUGCUUGACGUUACCACCAAGCUGAAAGUGCCAAGUUAUUUAUUCGUUCCGAGCUCUGCUGCUUCUGUUUGCUUCAUGUUACAUCUUCCAAAGCUCGUUGCGGAGAUUAAUGUUUCAUUUAAAGACGCCGAUUUUGAAGUGGAGGUACCGGGGCUUCCGCCGAUUCCAGCCACUGAUCUCCCAACUCCCUUUCAAGAGAGGUCGGAUUCCUGGUUUAAUUGGUUUUUAAAUCAUGCCUCCCGCUUCAAGGAAGCAUCAGGGGUUUUCAUUAACACAUUUGCUGAGCUGGAGGAGGAAGCCAUCAAAACCCUAAGAACCCCUUCAACGCCUCCAAUCUAUCCAAUAGGUCCAUUGUUGGUCACAGAAUCAGAUACCCCUGACGAGUCCAGCUGCCUCAAAUGGUUAGAUGAGCAGCCUCCCUCGUCCGUUCUGUUCGUAGCAUUUGGAAGCUUUGGCGUUUUGUCCAGGGAGCAAAUUACAGAUCUGGCAAUUGGACUUGAAACCAGCGGCCACCGAUUCUUGUGGGUGCUGCGAGGAUUCAAAUCUGAGGACUCUUCUUCUCUGGAAACUGACAUUUCACAGCUUUUACCCGAGGGCUUUGAGAGUCGAACCAGGGAUCGCGGGCUGGUGCUUCUCAAUUGGGCACCUCAGAUUCCUGUUCUUUCUCACCCGUCUACUGGAGGCUUCCUUUCUCAUUGCGGGUGGAAUUCUACGGUGGAGAGCGUGUCGCAUGGAGUUCCCAUGAUCGCUUGGCCUCUUUUUGCCGAACAGGGGAUAAACAAGGUCAUAUUGGUGAAGCAGAAUCAGGUAGCCAUAGGUUUGAAGAUGGACAACAAAGGAUUUGUGAGGAGAGAAGAAGUUGAGAGAGCAGUGAGGGAAUUGAUGGAAGGAGAGGAGGGAAGAAAGGUGAGAGAGAAAAUGAAAGAGUUGAAGGACAAGGCCAAGAUUGCUAUGAUGGAAGGAGGGGGCACAAUCAAGGCCACCGCCGAUGCAGCCGCAGAUUUAUCAGCCUCCACUUCGACUGUGCAAGAAUUUUUACCUCUGCAUGGGGUGGCUCUAGAUGUGCUUACAAUUUACAAUUCCAAUAUCUUUCAGCGUUGCCUUCCUCUGCCUCCUUUGAUGGACAAACCUCAUGUCGCCAUUUUCCCCCUCAGCGUGGGGAUGGGCCAUUUCCUUCCAUUAGCUGAGUUUGCAAAGCGUCUCUGUGAGUUUCAUGGCUUCUCCAUCACCCUCAUCAUCAGCAGGUGGUUGUGGACAUCUCAGCAACCCCCUCUCCUGCAACGAUUGGCCUCUUCUGCUCUCGACAUACGCAUUACAGAGAUUCCUCACAUCACUGAGGAUGAAGAAGAGCAAAAGAUGAAUAUUGAAACACGCCUUUCGAAGUUCAUGCUGAAUGCAAAGCCACACGUUGAAGACGUUCUGCAAUCGUUGCGUUCAUCUUCGCCCAUCUCUGCAUUCAUUACAGAUCUCUUCUGUACGGAACUGCUUGACGUUACCACCAAGCUAAAAGUGCCGAGUUAUUUAUUCGUUCCGGGCUCUGCUGCUUCUGUUUGCUUCAUGUUACAUCUUCCAAAGCUCGUCUCGGAGAACAAAAUUUCAUUUGAAGACGCCGAUUUUGAAGUGGAGGUACCGGGGCUUCCGCCGAUUCCAGCCAGAGAUCUGCCCACUCCCUUUCAAGAGAGGUCUGAUUCCUGGUUUAAAUGGUCUUUAUACCAUGCCUCCCGCUUCAAGGAAGCAUCAGGGGUUUUCAUUAACACCCUUGCUGAGCUAGAGGAAGAAGCCAUCAAAACCCUAAGAACCCCUGCAACGCCUCCCAUCUAUCCAAUAGGUCCCUUGUUGCAUCUCACAGAAUCUGAUACCCCUGACGAGUCCGGCUGCCUCAAAUGGUUGGACGAGCAGCCUCCCUCGUCCGUUCUGUUUGUGGCAUUCGGAAGCUUGGGUAUUCUGUCAAGGGAACAAAUUACAGAUCUGGCAAUUGGACUUGAAGCCAGUGGCUACCGAUUCUUAUGGGUGCUGCGAGUGCGCGGGUUCAAAUUUGAGGACUCUUCUUUUCUUGAAACUGACAUUUCUCAACUUUUACCGGAGGGCUUUGAGAGUCGAACCUGUGACCGUGGGCUGGUGAUUCCAAAUUGGGCUCCUCAAAUACGGGUUCUUUCUCACCCAUCUACUGGAGGCUUUCUUUCUCAUUGUGGAUGGAAUUCUACACUGGAAAGCGUCUCGCACGGAGUUCCCAUGAUCACUUGGCCUCUUGGCGCGGAACAGGGGAUGAACAAGGCCAUACUGGUGAAGCAGAAUGAGGUAGCCAUAGGUUUAAAGAUGGACAACAAAGGAUUUGUGAGGAGAGAAGAAGUGGAGAGAGCGGUGAGGGAAUUGAUGGGAGGAGAGGAGGGAAGAAAGGCGAGGGAGAAAAUGAAAGAGUUGAAAGGCAAGGCUGAGAUUGCUAUGAUGGAAGGAGGGAGCACAAUCAAGGCUACCGCCGAUGCAGCCGCAGAUUUAUCAGCCUCCACUUGGAAUGUAAAAUAAUGAUAGUUUUAGCUGGUUAAACACUACAAAUUGGGGAAGACAGAGAUAUGGUGUCACUACCAAUAGUUUAUGACAUACUCCUCCAAACUCUACUACCAGAUCUAUUGUAUCGGUAAGUGCUAUGUAUCUGAAACCAUCAUUAAUACAAGCAACAAGCCUCUGCUCAAAUGAUGCAUAGUAAUUUAAAGUUGAGAAAUCUAUUAGCAAAUAAUAGUUAUAGAUCAAAUUUGCAGAGAAUCUAGAAAAUGUGAAGCAUAGAAUGAUCAUCGUUAUGAAGUUCAAUUUAAAGUGAAUUUUAGUAUUCUCUCCAAAUUGUUCAGGUGAUCUCUUUGUGAUAGACCUAUUCCGAAUUGCUCUUCAAAUUUCCAUCUACUGAUUGUAUUUUAUUGGAAAAUACAGUAAUAAAUCUCCUGUAAUUUUCGUGUC